UCUUUAACACUGAUAGUUGACGUCGUCGAAAACUUUCGAUUCGUGUUCCACGGUGUUUGUUGCUGCCGUGUUCGUUGACGUUAGAGGUGUAAAUUAAUCUAUUAAAUGUUGGAGUAGUAUUAAAAAAAAAAGUUCCGUUGAAAGCGACUUGAACUCGCCGCCUAAGUAUCGAUCUCGAUUACGUAGUUUGCGAACCGAUCGAUGGGAAUUUUGUAACGGCCGAAAAAUGUGGAGCUGAGGUGGAUCUACGUGAGCCGUGAAACUUGCAACGACAGCGUUUAAAAUCGUGAUCCCUAAUGAAUGGUGGAUGUAAAGCCGAGUGAAACAUGUCCUGGGUGCAUCAGCGGGGCCCCAAGGCGACCAGCACGGCUGCCAAUUCACCCGCGCAACCGUACAACCCCAACCAACAACAUUCCCUGGUCAACAACCAAUGGCAACCUCACGACGCUCAAAACUGGUUCAACGCGAGUGCACAGCCGCAGCAGACGUUCGGUCAGCCGCAGAAUUAUUGGCAGCAGCCAUACGCCAAUCAGGCCGGCCAGCAUCCCGCGCCCGACAAUCAGCGGACGGUCGGCCAGUACGAUCAGCGGUACCAGCAGCCAUUGAGUCAUCAGCAGAACAUCACUCAGUAUGAACCCCAGGUCUACGACCAUCGUUUCGCACAAAACAACAGCGGCGGCGGUGGCGGCGACCACGCGAACCUCCAACACGGCAACGAUUGGAACUGGGAGUGGGGGGCGACCGCCGACGAGAAUAACUCGAACGUGUCGUCGUCGACGACGCGGCUCGGCAAUCUGGGCGACAGUUUCGCCAACGACGACAGUUGGAACUGGCCGGCGCAAGACAACGCUCCGCCCCCUGCAACCAAACCCGACAACAAGCCGCCGGGCAAGUUCGACACUCCUCAAUGGUCGGUGGAGUCGCAGCCGUCGCAAGAAUCCUCGGACGACGUCAUCCCCGCGACGCCCCUGAAACACCUGGAGGUCGAGAACAAAGAGAUCGUGUUCGCGCACGUCGGAAACGACGUCGUCCCCGCGGACGUAGGGGCGGAGCCGGUCAAUUUGGAGAGCGUCCCCGACAAUGCGGAGGAACCGGAUCGCCUCCCGCAGUGGCAUCAACCGCGGCAGACCGAGAACAGCGAAGUGCCCAUCAACGAUCGCAACCAGUAUCUGGAGACCGGCCAGUUGCGCGGCGGCCUGCAGAGGAUGGUACCCGGCCAAGGGGACGAUUCUCUACCACCGUUCGGACGGAUGGUGCCCGGUCGGACUAGACCCCCCGCCUACGACGCGGGUGGUCCUCCGGAAGGGCUACGUCGUAUGGUACCCGGGGAGUCCAGCUCGCCGGAGACGACGUCGCGCCGCGUCCGCGAGGACGACGACGACGACGACGACUCGGAGCCGGAGCUACGACAGUUGAACGACGCGGUGCAGCCCCGGUCCGCUACUAUCGGCGCGGACACGCCUCCUAACGCGUCGGUCAUCAGGUCAGGUGCCGUCGGGGGAGGCUCCGUGCUUGUUCCUACGCCGGUCGAGAUCGCCGACCCGGAUGCCCGACCGCCGGACCAACAGAGGAGGGAGUUUAUAGAGGGUCAAACCUACGACGGCCUGUCCGACGUGACCGACGCCGUGCGCGACCUUAGCGUCACCGGCGAUAACCCGGCCUCCCACGGCGGCGGGGGCGGCUCUUCGGCGGAUCACCGCACGCGCAGCCGCCAAGAUAGCAGCGGUGACGAUAGCGGCGGCGGCGAUAACAAACCGCCGUCGCGUGGCGCGAGGGACAAAAGGGGGGAGCGGCGCGAUAGGUACUCCCCCGACUCUUAUAAAGGGCGGAGACGCGACAAACGGCAUCCCAAAGAGCACCAGCAGCGCUACGACGACGAUACCGAUUACUACAGCGAUAAGGAGGCGGACGGCGGCGGCGGGAGGAGAACCCGCGACCGCGACUACGACCGCAAGUACAACAGUCUGAGGCGGGGCGGCGACAAAGAGAAAAGGAGGCGGGACUAUCGCGAACCGCGUCGCGGCGAAUAUCCCCCCCACUAUCCGCGGUACCGGGACGCUUACGACGACCAGUCGAGGCCGUCGAGCAGGUCGGAUUCGAUGCACGAGUCGUACCGCGAGCGAAAGUACCGCGACGGGGGGCGGUACCGUUCGCGAGACGCGUACAAUCCGUAUCAAAGCUUCGCGUACGACCCUUACAAUCCGUACUACCAGCAGUACCAGUACUACGAGAACCUGCGUCGCACCAAUCCGCAGGCCUACGCCGAAUGGUACCGGAAGUACUAUCAGCAAGCGUCGUCGUCGUACGCCGGCGACGACCGGGCGUCGGUUCAUUCGGGCAGGAGUUCCGCCAACGAGGAGCAACCGAAAGACAAUAGGUACGCGCGGCAAGGUUUUUAUAGUCAGCAGGCGGGGUACCACGGGCGUGGUCUCGGCAUAGCCGACCGGUACGGCCUGGACCAGUCUAGUGCCGUCGCGGGUAAUGCGUCGGUCUACGACGCCCAGCGUCUGACGCCGGCGCGUUACGCGACCGCCCACGUCAAGGCGUCGAUCUCGUCCGGCAAACUGAUCCGGGUGUUGCCCAAUUACCCGCCCGACGGUCAAGACGCGGUCGUCGAACUCGUGGACCUGCCCCGCCUCCUCGACGACGACGAACGUUACAUCGAGCUGAGUUCAUUCCCCGGGCCCCUCGUCAAAGGCGUCACCCACAAGAAGACCCUAAUCGCUUACUGCGACGACAAGAUAAGUCGCGCGCGUCGAGCCCGAAUCCGCACCCUCGACUCGUACGUCCUGAUGUGGGAACUGCUGAAACUUCUCAUCAGACAAAACGGCAUGGUGAUCGGUACCGACAUUGCCGAAUUGCUGCUCAAGAAUUGCCCGUUGGAGGCGGCCGCCGCCCCGCCCAGGCCGCCAUCAGUGGCGUCGAACGCGAGCCAGAUGUCGUCGGAAGGGGCGGGCGUCGUAGCUCCGCCCGACGACCAACAGGCCCCGCCCAGAGAGGACGAGGCUACCCGGAAGUUUCGCGAGUACCUGCUCUACGGUUCGUGCAAGGAGGCGUUAGAGUGGGCGAUGAAGCGCGGCCUGUGGGGCCACGCCCUCUUCCUCGCGAGCAAGCUCGACAAACGGACCUACGCAGGAGUGAUGACGCGCUUCGCCAACGGACUCGCGAUCAACGACCCGCUCCAGACGCUCUACCAGCUGCUUUCGGGGAAAGUGCCGGCCGCCGUGACGUGCGUCGCGGACGAAAAGUGGGGCAACUGGCGACCGCACCUCGCGAUGAUCCUGUCGAAUUCGUCUCAGCGGCCCGAACUAAACUGCAAGGCAAUCACGAGCCUGGGCGAUACGCUGCUGAACGGCGGCGACAUCUACGCCGCCCAAUUUUGUUACCUGAUGGCCGAGGUGGGAUUCGGGGGCCACGGCGCCCCCGACGUCCGUCUCGUUUUGCUCGGGUCCGACCACAGGGCCCCGUAUCCGCAAUUCGCGACCAACGAGGCGAUCCACAUGACCGAGAUCUACGAGUACGCGUGUAGCCUGAACGAUCGGCGCUUCGUCAUCGGCGAGUUUCAGAUCUACAAAUAUCUGCUCGCUACGCGAUUGGCCGACUUCGGUUUGCCCGAGAAGUCGCUCGCUUAUCUCGAGAAGCUUGCCGAGUAUAUAGUCGGUAGCCCCGGCGAAGUGUCACCUACGUUUGUGGAUCACGUGUGCGUCCUCGCGGACCGUCUCAAGUUUUACGAUCCCGUGGGGGACGUGGAGGAUGAGUCGCAGUUCGGGAGCCUCCUGGAGACGAGCCGUCCGGACCGAUCGUGGCUCGACGCUUUGAAGACGGUCCAGAGGGACGUAAAGGCGGGCGUCAUUCAGACUGACGUGGAGCCGCCCCCGCAGGCGACUUACGAGGCCGAUUACGCGACGUGGCAGUACCAGCAGGAACCGCCUGCGCUCGCGGAUCAGGCGACUACGCCCUCAGUGGAGUACCCUCCGGGUCAGUACCAAGAGCGGCAGGCGCAGUACUGGACCGGGCAGCAGCAACAGCAACAGUUCCAGCAGUGGCAGCCGGAGGCCGCUCCCGCUAAUUUCGAAUCCGAAGUGGCGAACAACAAUCAGUCUCAAACAUCGUACGAUAUCAACAGUCAAUCGAAGCCUCGGCCCGUGGCGGAACAGGAGGAAGCCGCCCGCCGCCGCCGCCGCCGCCGCCGCGACGACGACGGCGACGACGACCCGCCCGAAGGCCGGCCCCAGAUAUCGAUGCCGAAUCAUCGUUCGGCCGUAUUCGGCGACGAGCCGCCCCGCGAGGCCCUCGAACGAAACGCCCAACCGCCGCCGGCGACGAAAAAGUCGCCCGUCAAAGACGCCAAACAAGGAACGGGGUGGUUCGGCGGCAUCUUCAGCAAACUGUCGAUGAAACCCAAGAACCAGAUGAUCCUGCCGGACGAUAAGAAUCCGAAGAUCGUUUGGGACGAGGCGAAAAAACGAUGGACCAACGUCGACGAAGACGGCAACGAAGCGACUAGCGAGUUCAAACCGCCUCCCAAAAUGGCGGACGUCAACCCGCUGCCAAUGCAACGCUACGCCGAUCCCGCCCCCAAUUACCAACCGGCGACCGAGAACGCAGGGGCGCCACCCAAAGCCAACAUGUUCAAGCUGCAGAGGGGCCGAAAUUUGAAGAACUCUUACGUGGACGUGUUUAACGGCGCGAAAACUGGGACGACGGGCGGCGCGCCGCCGCCCCCGGGUGAAAAAGUCGCCGCCCCCCUUCAGAUGAACUUUUUCGUGCCGCCGACGGUUCACGACCUGACCGCCCCCGUCGACUUUUUGACGCCUGCCGCCGGGCCCCUCGGAAACCUCGGCGAUCAGGCGCGGGACACUUAGAGACGGAAGGCGAAUCGACGCAGGAAGCCACGCCCCCACGCGCGAUUUGUGAAUACUGCUUGAUACUCUAGGUACAUUUUUAAAAAUAUUUAUAUAUAUAUGUAUAUUGUUGUUAGGCUGGGGAGGGGGAUUAAAUAAUACAUGCCGAGGUACCGUUUUUUU